CGUAUGCGAACAGUGCGCCGGGGAGCGAAAAGGAGGGAACUACAACUGAGAAAGUAAGAGAGAGCCUCCGUGCAGAAAAUUAAGCAGAAGACAGUGGCGGCCAUUUUUCCUGACAUUGCCGUUACUGCGGCUCGUGGUGCUAAUUGUCGUCGUGGGUUGCUUAAACGGUGACGAGUCGUACGAGCAGCAAGGAGAAAACGCGGUACUAGACAGAAUCGCGGUGUUGUUGUGCACACCGAGAUAAAAGCGGUGCGAGAUAACGAUAAGGGAAUUUAGACGUCAAUGGUACGGCGUGGCUCGAAGUGACGAGUGCGUGUGUAAACGAUCGCAGAGAGUAGUGGGGCUCAAUCAUAGUUGGCCGAGUGGACAGCCGAAAAGGAGGAGCUGCCGACUACGGGAAGGGUGUUACAGGAGGCGACGGCGACGGUGACGACGACGACCACGACGACAACGACGACGGCCACGACGACAACGACGACGGCCACGAUACGACGGCGGCAACGAUCGCGGAAACGGAGCUACGGCAGCCCAGCCUAGGCGGCCUUAUUUCGCGGUUUCUUCCAUAGAAACCCUCCUCUGAACGGAAUCGUUAGUAAUAUUGCACAGUGCAUACAGUCACGCGCCACCGCGUACAUCAGCGCCACGAGAUGGAGAGGCGAGCUGCUUUUGUGCUGCUGGGGAUGCUAUAUUUAGCGGGCACCCUCGUCACGGUCCAGGCAGUAACCUACAAGGGAGCGACGGUCGUGCACGAGGGUCAACCUUGGUCGAUCGAGUGUAGCGACCUGAAGCCGGACGAUCUGAUCAGAUGGACCAGAAACGGGCAAUCGCUCGAGCCGGAAUUGGCGAGCGGUCAGCUGGUUGUCCAGUCGCUAUUGGGCACCGGUAGCAGCACUCUCAAGGCGAUUUACGCCACGGACACUCACGACGGGGACUACAAGUGCACCCAGGAUAGCGACGAAUCCUUCCAUCUUUGGAUAUACUUUGACAUCAAGAUCAGAGUGCUAACGCCCAAGGAUGUUCCACUGGCAUUAGAAUGCGCGAACAGAAGUGCCGGUGAGAAAUUGCAAUGGUUGAAGGAAAACGUUCCAAUUCAUACUGCCUUGGCUGGCAGUGACGAUAUCAUUAAGAUAGACAACGAAACAGGCACCUUGGAGCUUCUGAAGACCUCAGACAUCUUGCAUGGAAAUUAUACUUGCAAAGGAACCAACUCCACCACAGAGUACAGGAUCGUACCAAGACCCACGGCGUACAUGACAGAUUCGACAAGCGUGGUGGAGGGGGAGAAGCUGCAUUUAACAUGUGCCGGUAAGCAGAGUCCUGGUAUCAAAGUAUCAUGGACGUUCGGGGACCAGAAUUACACGAGCAGCAAUGGUCGCGUUAAGCUCGGAUGGGACCACGAAAGGGGCAUCUACGGCGCCAUCUUAACGGUCGAAAACAUCGAUAUGAACGAUCGUGGCAACGUUUUCUGCAGGGUAUCCUACAACUGGUCCGAUAACUCUGAGCAUCACAUGGCAGAGGCCCACACAUUCCUUAGGGUCAAAGACAAGCUCGCCGCACUAUGGCCCUUCUUAGGUAUUUGCGCGGAGGUCGUUGUUCUGUGCGCUAUCAUCCUAAUCUAUGAGAAGAAACGAAACAAAGCUGAGCUCGAGGAAUCUGACACUGAUCAGAGUCCUGAUACCAAGCCAACGCCCAACAAGGACUCCGACGUCAGGCAGAGAAAGUGAACGAGCUAAGAAAAAGCGGCGGAUGAACGAGCGCGAUGCAGGAUAGCGGAACGGAUGUGGGGAACGAUCGUGUUGGCAUCUGCCGAAGUGA